AUGUCUCAGCAGAUGCCCCCAGCGAACCGUAUGACCCUACAGACCUUCAAGGCCAAGGGCGUCGGCGCCAGAAAGGGACACAGUCUUCUCAAAAAGAAGCGUGAUGCCCUAAAGAGCAGAUUCUCUCAGAUGCUCAAGGAAAUCGUGGAUACUAAAAAGGCCGUUGGUGAGAGCAUGGCAGAUUGCUCCUUCUCCAUUGCCAAAGCUAGAUGGGCCGGUGACAGUGAUUUCGUCCAGACCGUCAUUCAGCGAGUCAAGAAGCCUAGUGUGACUCUAAAAGUUUCAGCUGAGAAUGUUGCCGGUGUCUUCCUCCCCAAGUUUGACCUUCAAAGGGACACAGCUCUUGGUGCCGGCCAGGGUGGUCAAGUCAUUCAAACCUGCAGGCUCCAGCAUGCUAAGGUUCUUGAGCUUCUCGUCAAGAUGGCCUCUCUACAGACAUCCUUCAUCACUCUGGAUGAGGAGAUCAAGAUGACCUCGCGUCGUGUGAAUGCUCUCGAGUAUGUGGUGGUUCCCCGCAUCGAGGGCAUCGUCCACUUCAUCGAGCAGGCUAUGGAUGAGCAGGAGCGUGAGGAGUUCUUCAGAGUAAAGAAGAUUGUCGAGAAAAAGAAGGAGAAGCUAGCGAAAGAGACAGCUGAGCGUGCCGCAGAGGGAGGAGGUACGUCUUUGGUUGUAUCACUUUGUUGGGAAGCCGGCGUCCUUGCUAAGGCUGUAGGCAAUGAGAGCCAGGUCGGCACUGCUUUUGAUGACGUGAAGAAGGACUCGGAAUUGGUGUUCUAA